GAUGUCUUUUAGUUCCUCCAUAAUAUUAGGGCGCUUGCAGGAGUCGAUUGAAUAAACAAGGUGGAGCAAUGUCGUGUUUUAGGGAAUUAUGAACUAUGUCGUUGCAAGGCAGUGUUUCUAAUACAUUACGACGUUUUGGUCGCCGUUAUCAGUGCGCUUAGAGCUAUUUGUUUAGUUUAACAACGCCUUACAGACGUGCAGUUCAUUAGAGGAAAAAGCAGUUUGCUGGCUAGUUUAUCUAGCGAGCGGUUGUUUACAUAAUUUGACAUUAAGCUGAGAUAGCCACGUGGAGGAAUCACUAAUUAGACGGACUGUUUUGUCGUUUGGAGAGCAUGGCAGAGCUACACAUUGAAGCGAAUGCGUGCGGCCUCAUGGAGCAGAGCGAGCACCGGGAGACCCGCGGCUCCGUUAGCAUGCGCCUCCCGUCGCCCAGCUUCGUUCUUCCAGCUCGGAGCGGUUCUGCAAGUCCGGGCCUGUCUGCGACCAGAGCUGUGUUCGGCUUCCCGAUGAAAAGCAGCCCCACAUCCCCAUCAGAGUCCACAGAGAAACCGGGGUCCCGGUGGGUCCGGCUUAACGUCGGGGGCACCUACUUCAUCACAACCAAACAAACCUUAUGCAGGGAUCCCAAAUCCUUCUUGUACCGACUCUGUCAGGAAGACCCUGAUCUAGACUCAGAUAAGGAUGAGACAGGAGCUUAUUUGAUUGAUAGAGACCCCACAUACUUUGGACCUAUCUUGAAUUACCUGAGGCACGGAAAGCUGAUCAUCAACAAGAACCUUGCAGAGGAGGGUGUUCUAGAGGAAGCUGAAUUUUACAACAUUGCGUCAUUGGUGAGGCUGGUAAAGGAGAGGAUACGAGACAAUGAGAACAGGACGUCUCAGGGCCCAGUGAAACAUGUGUAUCGUGUACUUCAGUGCCAAGAAGAGGAACUCACUCAAAUGGUCUCCACAAUGUCUGAUGGGUGGAAAUUUGAACAGCUUAUAAGCAUUGGCUCCUCUUACAACUACGGAAAUGAGGACCAAGCAGAGUUUCUGUGUGUGGUUUCCCGGGAACUCAACAAUUCCACUAAUGGUAUUGUUAUUGAGCCAACUGAGAAGGCUAAGAUCCUUCAGGAGAGAGGUUCCCGGAUGUGAGGAGACCACCUUCGCUGUGCUGACACAGAUUUCCCCCAUCUCCCCUCUUCUCCUCUAGUCUCCCUUCUUUAACCAUACAGCUGACUCCAUCAGCUCACAUGGCUGCCCUUCCUUUUUAUCACCCUCCUCCCUUGUGCCUUUCCACAGUGGGGGUGUCCCCCCUCCCUGCAGUGCUGCAACAUUGCCCAUCCAGCACCAUCAAAUGAGAUCACUGCUGUUAUCAAAAAUGUAAAAAAUGCUACAAAGUUAGUUGAUCCGUGUUGACUCCCCUCACUCCGUGUGGGACUCACCAUGAUGACUAGGGAGGAGUCCAAGUAAGAUUUUCGAGGUCCGUCACUAUAACAACUAAUGUAGUCAUCCACGAUGCCUCGGAACUUGAUCAUUAAUCGCCUUCAUAUCCUCGUCAUAAUUAUCUAUAGACUAUGUCAUUGCUGGCAUGCUAGUUACAAGGAAUGCUUGUGCCCUGGUCAGCUAGGCUGUGUUUCCAUCAUCAGAAUCUCCUCAGGACUUCCAGGGGUGCAAAAAAGUAGACAAAACAGAAUCGUUUGCCCCCCUACACCCUUCUCAUAGCAAGCACAUUGACUCACUGUGUAAAACGGAGCGAGUGUUUGAAUGAAUAUCAGCAGCAACACUCACUCGUUAUCAUUUCAGUGUCUACCACAGCCUGGCUUGGCCUUUGAACAUGCAGAGCCAUUUGUUUUCAGUUUGUAAUGUAUCUUAUAAUUUCCCUGUUCUCAUUUGACCCACUUGAGUUCAUUGACAGGAAUCAAAUGUUCCAGGUCAUGCUGGAGGUAUUUAUUCACCCCUCCUAACAUGGACACGUCAAAAAGAAACAUGCAGUGUUGGUGGCUUGUAAAGAUCAUGAAUAUGGUUGUAUUACAAUAGAGGUUGUUAUAAAAGUUGUUUAUGUAUUGUAACAGUCACAUUUGACUGGGGAAGCUUAUGAAUCAACUCCUUGUCCUAGUCUACUUUGUCCAGUGCCUCGUCACUUGUAUGUAAAUUUUUGUGUUGUGUUCUCCCUCUGGCUAUUCAUGUGUGACUGGAAAACUGGUCACUCCAUAGUCUUAUUUCACACUAUUUCUCAAGAAUAGUUUUGUUUCUCUUUAUAUAAGUGCAUCAGUUCUUUGUCUUGUCACAAAUGAGCUCCAUGAGACUGUUGAUGGACAACAUACUCAAAUGAAAGUCACGGCAGAACUUUGUUCUGUUGAAUGAUUGUUAAUUUUUUUUGACUUAGUAAGUUCAGCUCUAGCACUCCAUAGAACUCUAUCUCUAACUCUAUUUUGGCUGUUUAACUGUUUAUAUCACAUAUUUAAAAAAAACAAAACAACAACACUUAAAACGUUAGAUAAGUUGUAGUGGAAUAGCAGUGAAUGUUAAGGGCUCUAUUUUACAUGGAUUGAGAUGCUUGCCCUCAUGUCAAAAAUCUUGUAUUACUUCAGGUAAACUGUGCUUCUUUCAUAUUUUGACAUCAGAGCCAGUAUUUGGUCCUGUUUUACACUGAAUUGCCCUCAUUGUUUGAUAUUUAGCCACUUAAGACUAGCUUUCUAAAUCAAAUUACACACCCUUAAAAGUUAUCUGCUAGGAACAAGUGUGCUUCAUGAUCUUCUGACAGUAUUUUAACAUAAGAUCCUUGUUCAGUAUCACAUAGAAUGUAAAACUGCAUGCUUUGAUGUUUGUUUCAAUGUCCAUUGAAAAGCAGCUGAUGGCUGUCACAGGCAGCAUGUCAAUGCGAAUUUUUUUUUGGUUAUAAGUGCACAUUUAAAAGCACGAAUAUUUUUUUUUUCUGUCCCCUGCUAUAACAUGUGAAGCAAAGGAGAAGGGGUUGCCAGUUUAAAUAGUCUUUAAAUUUUCACUUUGAUUUUACAAAGCAGAAUUUUAUCAGAGGGAUAAUUUGUAAGGCAACUCUAGAUAGCCCAGUUGAAAGGUUCCUUAUCCCUUCUUGCAUUUGGACGCUUAGAAUUUGGCUCGAUUUCCACUCCUAACAAUAAUCUGAUCUGAUGAAAUGUAACCCGUGGAGUGUUUCUUUUUGUUGACCUACAAUUGUUUAUUAUUGAAGUUUUCAUAUUGAGUGUCUGAGCUAUAGAUCUCCCUGCUGCAGGAAAGUAAGAUUUGAUCUUUGCUAUUGUAUUUGUUUUAUGACUCAUGCAAAAUAAGGGGGGGGGGGGG